UCUUGACCACGGCUUGUGCUCUGUUUUGCAGGCUGAUAACAUGUGGAAGCCGCAGCUGGAGCGUGCUGUGUCAUCUCUCAACGUUCCAGCGAUUGCAGCGGCCCAUGUUAUCAAAAGCUACGUCGCCCAGGCACCGGAUGAAGUCUCCCUGGAGGUGGGAGACGUGGUGUGCAUUACUGAUAUGCCACCAAAGGAGCUGAGCCCAUGGUGGAGAGGCAAGCGUGGCUUUCAGGUUGGAUCUUUCCCUAGUGAGUGCGUGGAACUCAUUAGCGGAACAGUUCCUGAGUCCCUGGUCAAUUCAUUGCGAAAGCCAGUGCCAAAGAAACAGGGCAAGUUCCUCCCCUUCCUUCGAUCCCUGGUGAAGGCCCGGCCCCAGAGAGCGAGGCAGCCGGAGCCAGAGAAGGAAGGGGUGUUUGGGUGUGACCUGGGGGAGCACCUUCUCCGCUCUGGCCGUGAUGUCCCCCAGGUCCUCCAGAGCUGCUCUGAAUUCAUCGAGCAGCAUGGCAUGGUGCGGGGGAUAUACCGCUUGUCCGGUGUCACGUCCAAGAUCCAGCGACUACGCCAUGAAUUUGAUUCAGAGCAGCUUCCCGAGCUUAGCGUCCGUGACAUUCACAGCGUGAGCUCCCUAAGUAAGAUGUACUUCAGGGAGCUCCCAAACCCUCUCCUGACUGACCAGCUGUAUGCCAAGUUCUUGGACGCUGCCGGUGCUGCUACCGAGGAGGAGAGGAUGGUGAGAAUGAAGGGCGCCAUCCAGCAGCUGCCUGCUCCUCACUACAGGACACUUGAGUACCUGAUGAGGCAUUUGGCGUCUCUUGCUGGGAACUCCUCAGUCACCAACAUGGACGCUCAUAAUUUAGCAAUAGUGUGGGCUCCAAACCUCUUAAGAUCCCAGCAGAGCCAGUCUGCCUGCACCAGCGGAGGAGCUGCCUGCUUGGAAGUGCAGACGCAGACAGCGGUGGUGGAAUUCCUCAUUAGCCACGCAGACAGCCUAUUCAGCUCCAAAACCUCAUCAGCCAUGGGAGAGGAAGCAGGUGAGCGUCUUCCUCCAUUAGCUUGAUCUUGAUCCAAUCCAACCCUUCUCCAAGAUCUUUCAAAUACGCUUUGACUCUCAAUGGGACAAAAGGCUUCUGGGCUUAGAUGAGAAUAUGGCACCCUGUUGCUGGAUCCUGAGAAUGUCCGAGGCUAGACUUUACAUGCAGAAAACCAUCCCUGCCU